AAUUUCACAAGUCGGCUUGCAAUUCCCACAGUGGUAGGAAGCCAAACAGAUUCUGCAAGAGAUUCACAGUCAUAAUACCAGCAAUAGUGUUGAAAUUGUUGACGUGAAGGAAGGGAACCCUGACAGCGUUGUUUCUGGCCCACAGUAUCACAGCCAGGGUGAUGUUAUGUGGCACCUGAACGCUGUCUCGUCACAGAAACUGCUGCAGUCCAGCAAGGCUUUAAAAAACAACGCUGUGAUACCAUUAGAACCAGAUGGUGUCAUAGACAGUGAGGAAUGCAGGCUCAAACUGAGUCCAUCACAAUCUGGUUCAACACAAGGUCAAGGCAAGAGGUCAUCUGAAGGUCAAAUCUCAAGGUCUUCUGAUGUGCUUAUAAUAGACACAUUGUCAGUGACAUCCCAUACUGAAACUACAACUGUUGCGAAAAUGGUGAAAAGUGCCUCACAAGGUGCAAGCAUUGGUUAUGCAGGGUCAGCUUGUUUGAUUAAUGACCGGAGAUCGAGUAGUGCACCAAGGUCAGUGGAGGAGAUUAGAAGUUCAAGGAAGAGACAGAAGGAACUCUUGGCAAUCAGCUCAAAUCCUCUGGUCAUUUGGAAGAAUGAGGACAGUGAUAUAGGUAAAUUCCAUCUGGAGACACCCAGGGACAGCCAUAUGACAGACACCCCAGUUUCACAGGGAGCUGUUUCCAUAGCUACCUCAGAUGCUGCAUUGACUGCUGAGCAUGUGCCAGUAUUAAGGUCAGAAACUCGGGACGUGGUUGCUGGAGAUCCCAUUAUAUCAAUGCCUGCGUGUGCCACUGUGGACAAGCUGUCCAUUUCUAUGAUCCAGUCUGAAUCAGAGUCCACCACCCAGCCCAUGUUCAGACUGGAACGGCCCAUCAUGGAAGAGUCUGAAGAUAUAAUUGAAGAAGUGGUUGUUGCUAGGAAACCAAUGUCAGCCAAUCGUAGGAGGAGGGUGAUUGAGGAUGACAGUGAUGAAGACAUCAAAACAGACCAAACUAUUAGUGGCUACCAUCAUGCCACAAAUGAGCAACUUAACAACACCCUUGAACAAGAAGAAACCUUCAAUCUAUCUAGUGGCCAGUAUCUCGCAACAAAAAUUGGUCCAACUGACAAUGUGGAAGCUAUGGCUGAUGAAACCCAAAAUUAUGUUGUGAACGAACAGGACUGCUGUUUAAAUGAUCUUAAAACAUCAUUAGGUGAAGGCAUUGAUACUGCAUAUAAUGAACUUACACAAAGGGACAACGUAGUCUCUGAAGCGAAAAAUGAUGAAAACAUUGGAGAAUCAGAAAAGAGAGUGACAGAAAGCGCCACCCAGACAACUGAAAACAAGCCAUGCGUACCAUUUGAAGACGUAGACAUGAAUAUUGUUCAGAAGGUUACAGAGUACCUAACCGGUACCUAUCAGAGAAGCGGGUCCAACUCGACUUGUACUGACCUGUCAGAUCUACAUGCAGACGGCUCUGAGAAAGGGGAAAGCGGUCUGAAGAGUCCUCAAUUGACAACACCUGGAAAAUCUGGCACCUUGAAAUCUCGCAGCAGACGGGAAAGUACUGAGCAAAGAAGCCCAAAAAGUCCGCACGAAAUUCAGACUAUUAUACAGACAUAUUCAAAUAUACUUCAGAAAAGUGUCAAAAAACAGCAAGAAAGGAAAGAUUCUGUGUUGGCUUCAUCUCAAACCUUCACUAAUCAAGGUGAAUUUGUGGAAAGGUCAAGCAUUCCAAGAAGGCUGAGCACUCAGUCACUGCCUGAACAUUUGUUGCGGCCAGGUUCCUCCUAUGUUUCAUUGCAGCAGCAUUCCCACUACCUCCCAGCUCCUUACAGAAGAGUGGAUGUCACCCAGGAGACCCACGACUCAGACGUGCAGUCCAAAGGAAAAUGGGGCAACAAAACCUGGCUACAGACCAUCUGA